AUGGCUAAAAUAGAAAAUCUAGGCUUCUACAAAGUAGAAGAUCGUACCGUUGUCAUGACCGAUGCCAGUCCGUGCGCUUUAGGCGCAAUGCUGGUUCAGUUUGACUCUUCAAAUGAACACCGGGUCAUUAGCUUUGCCUCAAAAUCGCUAACAGAAACCGAGCGAAGAUAUUGCCAGACCGAAAAAGAGGCACUAGCCAUCGUCUGGUGUGUCGAGCGAUUUCAGCAUUAUCUGUUGGGCAAAGUGUUCGAAAUUUUCACGGAUUGUAAAGCAUUGAGUUUUCUUUUUACACCUCGCUCAAAACCUUGCGCUCGUAUAGAACGAUGGGUCCUUAGACUGCAGGCGUUCAAUUACUCGAUAGUCCAUGUACCAGGAGCAAGCAACUUGGCCGAUGUGUUUUCCAGGCUUUCCGUUACUACCCCGAUACCGUUUGACAGUACAGAAGAAAUUUUUGUUAGAGAAAUUAUUGAAAGCGUCGCGAGUGCAGCUGCGAUAGCAUGGGACCAAAUCAAGGAAGCUUCAAGUAGUGACCCAGAGAUAAAUGAAAUUAUAAAAAAAAUAUCAACUGACGAACUUGAUUCAUUGCCGAUUGACUUUCGAGUAGUUUCAAGAGAACUAUGCAGUGUUCAAAAUGUUCUCCUUAGAGGUGACCGUAUUGUUAUACCGAAAGAUCUCCGAGUUUUGGUUCUAUGCACAGCACAUGAAGGUCAUCCGGGUAUCGUAAUGAUGAAGAAUCAUUUACGUACGAAUGUUUGGUGGCCAAAGAUGGACGCAGAAGUCGAGAAAUUUGUUCGAAAUUGCAGAGGAUGUACCCUCGUAGCAGCACCGGAUCCACCGGAGCCUAUGCGUAGAAGUCAGCUUCCCACAACACCAUGGCAAUCACUGGCGCUUGAUUUUCUAGGCCCUUUACCCGAUGGCCAACAUCUGCUAGUGGUGAUUGACUGUUUUAGUAGGUUUAUGGAAAUCUGCGAGAUGAACACCAUAACAUCGAAGGAUGUUAUCCGCGAACUAAGAAUCAUGUUUAGCAGAUACGGAGUUCCUUCAGUUAUUAAAGCAGAUAAUGCGCCUCAGUUGAGUGCUGAGUGCGUGGAUUUUAAUAAAUUCUGUAGUGAUCACGGCAUCAAAAUAGUGAAUACUAUACCUUAUUGGCCCCAAGCCAAUGGCGAAGUCGAACGCCAAAAUCGCUCCAUCCUGAAACGAUUGAAAAUCUCUCAAGAACUAGGGAAAGAUUGGAGAGCAGAACUUCGUACUUACUUACUGACCUAUCAUGCUACAAGACAUCCCACGACGGGUAAAUCUCCGGGUGAAUUAAUGUUUGCCCGAAGAAUUAAAACGAAGCUACCGUCACUCACAGAUUUUUGA